AGAAGGGGCGGGGGAGGAGGAGGAAGAGGAGGAGGAGGAAAAAAAAAGGGAAAAGGAAGGGGGGAGAGGGAAGGGGAGGAUGCGGUGCCGCGGGCAGACCUGGCUCAGCUCGGCUGCCGGGGCGGGGCUGCGUCGGGUCAGCUGACUCGGGCUCCUCCUGCCGGGUAGGGACGGCUGUGGCAGUAACGGUAGCGGCGGUGGCGGCCUGGCGGGGCGGAAGGAAGGGGCUCGGCCCGAGGGAGGCGGGAUGGCGACCACCGUCACAACUCAGCGGGGCCCGGUCUAUGUUGGUGAGCUCCCUCAAGAUUUUCUUCGCAUCACCCCAACCCAGCAGCAGCAGCAAAUCCAGCUGGAUGCCCAGGCAGCUCAGCAGCUACAGUAUGGAGGAUCAAUGGGUACAGUAGGCAGACUCAGCAUUACUGUAGUACAGGCAAAGUUGGCCAAGAACUAUGGGAUGACUCGCAUGGAUCCGUACUGUCGGAUCCGGCUGGGAUACGCAGUGUAUGAGACUCCAACAGCUCACAAUGGAGCCAAGAACCCCCGCUGGAACAAAGUGAUUCAGUGCACUGUCCCCCCGGGUGUGGAUUCUUUUUAUCUAGAGAUAUUUGAUGAGCGUGCCUUUUCAAUGGAUGACCGCAUUGCAUGGACACACAUCACCAUUCCUGAGUCACUGAAACAAGGAAAUGUGGAGGAUGAAUGGUACAGCCUGAGUGGAAGGCAGGGUGAUGAUAAGGAAGGAAUGAUUAAUCUGGUUAUGUCAUACACGUCUUUGCCAGCUGCCAUGAUGAUGCAGCCCCAGCCAGUGGUCCUGAUGCCCACUGUGUAUCAGCAAGGAGUUGGAUAUGUGCCUAUAGCAGGGAUGCCUGCAGUCUGUAAUCCAGGCAUGGUACCAGUGGCAAUACCACCUCCUGCAGUCAACCCUCAGCACUUCUGUAAUGAAGAGGACCUGAAAUCUAUCCAGGACAUGUUUCCCAACAUGGACAGGGAAGUAAUCCGUUCAGUGCUAGAAGCUCAGAGGGGGAACAAGGAUGCAGCUAUCAACUCCUUGCUUCAGAUGGCUGAAGAAUCAUAGAUCCCCACGUUCUGCAUAGUUCCCAUCCUCAAUGCCACUUAUUUUUACUUGCCAAGCCAGGGAUUUAGCUAGAGAAAUAAUUGCCCAACAGUUUUGUGUUACCACAUCCUGUGUAAGAGAUUAUACCCCUUUUCUCCUUGAACAUUUGGAUCUUUUUCACUUGCUUUCUCAAUCUGUACAUACUCAGUUUAGCUUAUGUCCUACAAUACAGCAUUGAAGCAUCUUGACUGUCAGCUGUGCCCUGUCUGGCUGUAUUCUGAUGGGGUGGGGAGUAAUGCUACUUUUUUUUCCUUUCUCUCCCUCUUUUCAUAAACUUGUUCUUACAAAGUUACUCUAUGCAGUACAGGAUUUAGGUUGAAAAAAAUAUAUAAUUAGAGAGCUUGCUCUUUGAACACAACUGAUUUGUUGAAGUAUUUAGGUUUCAUGAAGCAGCCUGUUUCUGCCAGAAAUUAAAAGAAAGUUCAUUUUCUGUGGUGUUUAGUUAUUGCUUGAUAUAUAUACAACUGUUUCUGAUUGAAGAUCUUUAAUUUAAUAAGCUAAAUUUCUUAGUUUGCACCGUUGGUAUUUAUAGUCAGCCUCUUGUAUUCAAUCUAAUUAUUGGGCACCAAAGCAAUAUAAUAUCUGGUGUGCAUUUGGGGCUUUAUCCUCCAGUACAGUAUUGCUAUGGAUCUUCACAGGUAACUUAACUCCUACAGAAUCUGUUGCUGUAGCAGAGGACAGGACUGAGCCCUGUUGUACACCCACAGUUAAUUGCACUCUUACUGCUGCUUCUGCAUUGCUGUGGCUCUUGCACAGGAUCAGUGCAGAAGGAAAUAUUUUUGUACUUGGAAAAUUAGUGAAGCCAUAAACAAUUCUUUAAAAUCUUGUUUUAUGUUUAAACAGUGGAAAUCUAUGAUCUGGUUUUAAGGCUUCUUUAUUUACACCUAUAUUUCAGCAAAAUUGUUUUAUAUUAAUGGAAAAAACUAUUGUGUGAUUUCCUAUAAUCUGAAGUAAGCAUGACAAGUAGCUUCAGAGUCUUUGAAUGGCAUUAUGAGUUUCUCAGUGACUUGUUAAACUAUGGUUGCUGUGAUCAAUUUAUUGUUUUAUUCAGGAGAUAAGUCCUUUGUGAGAAAAUUGAACAUAUCUGAGUUUGCUUGGAGGAAGUUGGAGGUUCCUUGUAUUUAUUGUUAGUGUUAUUUCUUCAGAUAACAGUUAAUUUUGGAGCUGCAGAAUCUUAGUUACACCUGUUGGAUAAAUUUCUGCAGUGUCUGUUUCUGUAGAUGGUAAAGUAAUGCACUUUAAAUAAUAUGCACCAGUUUAUUUUUCCAGUGAUGUGCAAUGUUGCUGUUUUGUCUUUUUAAUGUUUGAUUUCAAAUACUUUCUACAAUAGCCAUAGACCUGUAUAUUUUCAAGAGUUGGAAUGAAUGUACACCUGAAAUCUUGGCUCUUGAGUGAUUCAUGAGAACAUUAAAGCCAGGUUUGGAAUAGGGCAAAGGGACACAAACUCGCUUCUUCCUCAUGCUUUGUUUCAUGUCCUACUCUUAAAAUAUUUUCAUUAUUAUAACCUGCUGAAAAGCUGAUUUUAUCCUCCCCCUCAUUCAAAAAGCUUUUAGGUAGCACGGGCAGUAGAGCAUGAAUAUUUAUUUUUUUAUGAUCAGAAAUGAUACUGAAGCUUUUAAAAUAAAGCACCAUGAAUCGUCCCCAUUUCUGACCUUAUAAAACUGUCUUUUCAUAAUGUACCAUUUUAAUCUUGGUAUGAAUCUUCUACCACCUUAAAUUUACUGCUGAAAACAAAGUGUCUUCAUAAAACCUGCAAUUGGCUUUUCUGUAGUGUGAUUUAAAGGCUCUAGUUUGUUUGCUUUAUUUUAGAAAAUAAAAAUGUGGUAGCUCUACAACUAAAGUGGGUGUUUGUCAAUAAGCUGGUCUUGCCCCUUCCCUACAAACAUGGUAAAUUUUGUGAUUGAGUAGAUGUAGAGUCAUUUGGUCUUUAUAGCAUGCUGAUUUUUGACAUCAUCUCCCAGAAGGGUAUUAUCUUCAUAAGGAUUUAAUACUGAGAUAUCUCCAGGAAGAGUCCCUUGCUCUGUAACUUUUACAUAGAUGGCAUUAAUUGGUAGGGAUGGAACAAUUCAGGGAAAUGUAUAUAUUUAAAUAUUUAUAUUAAAACACUGGGAUCCAUAAUACAGCUUUUUAUAAAAGCAGGUGGUCAUCUUUCCACUCUUAAUAGCUGGUAAAUUGUACUGCAUCCUAUUCACAGCUCAGUUUCAAGCACAGAAUUAACACCUUUUGAUCCUAACCACCAGGAGAGGGGUAAGUGGGAAUGUUAGGUUACCCAGGCAUGUUCAUAAAGUUGGCUCUGGGCCUCUGAGUCAGGCUCCUGUUCUUAGCUUUUAUGUUUUGUUUUGUUCUAGGCAAAUCUUGCAGGAAGCAGGAUAGAUGUACGAGUUGAAGAUGGGAUAAUCAGGGGCAGUACAGCCAGUAGGUGGAUUUCAGAUGGAUCUUACAUUGUACUUAAAUAUUGUUUGGGGGAUUUUUUUUGUUCCUCAUUUAAUUAAGCAUGAUAGCUGAAAUACUAAUGUCAGGAUGUGCUACUUUAUUUUGUUAAAAAGAA